AUGGACACGGCAGCAAGAGCAAGGAUCACCUUGCGGUGGUCUUUGUUCCUCUUCCUCGAUCUGAGUUUUGCUCAACUGCCGCAGAGGGCACACUCAAGACUCAACGUUGGCGCGAUCCUGAAUAUGCGGUCUUUGGUGGGCAAGAUGUCGUGUACCAGCAUCUUGAUGGCCAUGGAGGAUUUCUAUGCGGUCCAUGGAGACCACGCGACUAGGCUGGUUCUCCACAUCAGGGAUUCCAAUGGUGGUGGCAAUAUCCAAGCUGCAUCAGCAGCUGUUGAUCUUCUGGAGAAUCACCAUGUCCAAGCUAUCAUUGGUCCAGAAAAAUCUGCGGAGGCUGCUUUUGUGUCUGAUAUUGGGAAUAACAGUCAAGUCACCGUUAUCUCCUUCACGGCAACGAACCCCACCCUUUCAUCUGCCAAUGUGCCAUAUUUUUUGCGCGCAACAUUAAGCGAUGCUGCCCAAGUGAAUAGUAUUGCUGCUCUCAUCAAAGCAUUUGGCUGGAGGGAAGUUGUGCCCAUAUACGAAGAUACGGACUACGGUAGAGGCAUCGUACCGUACCUGGUGGAUGCACUCCAAGAGUUCGGAGCUUCUAUGCCGUAUCGCAGUGUGAUAGCUCAGUCAGCAAGCAGUGACCAAGUUGAGCAAGAACUAUACAAGCUAAUGACAAUGCAGACAAGGGUCUACAUUGUGCAUAUGUUACCAACCACUGGUUCCAUCCUCUUCAAAAAGGCCAAGGAGAUCGGAAUGAUGACCGAAGCCUAUGUGUGGAUUUUGACGGAUGGAAUCGCAAAUAUCAUCAACUCGCUAAGCCCUUCAGUUCUUGAUGCAAUGGAUGGUGCAUUGGGUGUGAGGUUCCAUGUACCUAGAUCAAAGGAACUUGAUGAUUUCACUGCAAGAUGGAAUAAGAGGUACAGACAAGACUACCCAGAUGACUCACUAUCGCAACUAAGCAUUUACAGCCUCUGGGGUUACGAUGCUUUUUGGGCCCUGGCACAAGCAGCAGCAAAGGUUAGAAUGACCAGUCCCACAUUUCAGAAGCAGCAAUACAGAAAGAACUCAACCUGUGUUGGAACUUUGGGUGUUUCUACAGUUGGUCCAAAACUCUUAGAUGCAAUCUUACAAUGCAAGUUCAGAGGCUUGAGUGGUGAUUUUGACCUCAGAAACAGACAGCUCCAGUUUUCCACAUUCCAGAUAAUUAAUGUGGUUAGAAGAGAAUCAAAAGAAAUAGGUUACUGGACAGCAAAGCAAGGAAUAGUCAGGAACCUGAAUCAAGAUGUAUCAGCACACACAUAUUUAAACCCUAUGCCUGAUCUCAACCCAGUGGUUUGGCCAGGACAAACACAUAUAGUGCCUAAAGGAUGGCAGAUUCCUACUAAUGGGAAGAAGCUCCGAGUAGGUGUACGGACAAGUGGAUAUCCUGAGUUUAUGAAGGUGGACAGGGACCCUGUCACCAAUGCGAUAACGGCAACAGGAUACGCGAUAGAUGUAUUUGAAGAGGCGAUAAAGAAACUCCCGUAUGCAUUCCCUUAUGAAUAUGUAUCAUUUGAUGCUCUCGGAGUAAAUUAUGGGAGCUAUAAUGAUUUUGUCUACCAAGUUCCUCUUGGGGUGUAUGACGCAGCAAUUGGGGAUAUAACCAUCAGGCACAACAGAACAUCUUAUGCUAACUUUGCACUACCAUAUUCUGAAUCUGUAGCAAUGAUCGUGCCGGUCAAAGACGACACGAAUAAGAACACAUGGAUUUUCUUGAAGCCAUUAACUGGUGACUUGUGGUUUGUAAGCAUCGCAUAUUAUAUCUACACAGGAAUUGUUAUGUGGCUAUUGGAGCGACGAAUAAGAAAUGCAGAAUUGACCGGUUCAUUCUUCCACCAGCUUAGGACAGCAACAUAUUUCUCCUUCUGAUCAGAUUCAGCGGGAACAUGGAACAGAGCUCGUAACCGAACGGAUUCAAGAAAGCGCAACAGAUUCCAACAUACUGUGCCGAAUGAUUCAGAUGACUACACCUGCCAGCAAGAGAUAGAAUAUCCACAGAACACACAAGCUCAGAUUCUGAACCUCAGGGGACAAGCAACAGGUUUGUGGCACGCGCCAAGUCCGAAGCAGAUAUUCUCCACUCGAGAUGUCUAACAUCAUGCUGCUAUCACAACUAUUCAUGCAAAAUUUGGUGCAAAAAUACAACCGUACAUGUCCUGUACAAAAAAGGGAAGAAAAUUCGGUGCAGCAUGAAAUAAGUACUAGUAUGCCAUUCAAACCGUAACAACUUGGUUUUUCGUGCAGGACGAAUAUAUGGUUAUAUUUUUGCACCAAAUUUUGGAAGGAUACUUCUUAUAUCAUGAUGUUCAUGCAUGGUUCUUUUAAAAAAAUAAAUCAUGUUUCUUAAGCGGAGAAAACACAUCUCGAGUAUAGGAUGUGCAGUGGAAAUAGGCAAUUUUUGUGCCAAGACAGCGUGAUUCAGGCUCUCAUGUUGCCAGUAUACAUGUUAGGCGAGUUGUGCGAGGCUUGGAGGCUACCGGGUCUAUUUUGACGUGCUAACAUUCACGCUAGACAUGUCAAUGCAACAGUAAUCAAACAGAAGCUUAUUGCAGGAAAAAAAAAGCAUUCAGUAUUCUAGUGUAGAUAACUUAAUUUGCGAAACAGCUUCAUCAUCUACUCACGCAAGCCUUUUGCGUGUUCGCG